UACAAAAAUGGAGAAGGAAGCUUCCCAUUGCCAUGUUCAUCAUCAUUCAUCAUUCAUCAAACAGUCUAUAAGCAUCGAUCAUCUUCAUCUUCUUCAUUGGAAUCGUCAAUCAUCUAAUUACCAAACGAAUUCACAAACAAUAUGAACACGCAUCAAUCCGACGCAUCUUCAUCCUACUAUCAGUAUUACAAAUCUCACUUUCAAAACACAAAUUACACAAUCUCCAACUCCAUCGAUUCCAUCUUCGCUUCAGCUCCUCCACUCUCCUCUCCUUCCGAUCAUCCAUACACUUUUCCUCAUCUCAUUCCACAUCCGCUAGAUCUCGCGCACAAUUCAAUUUCAUAUCCUCCUAAUCCGUCACAUUCAUCAUCAUCAUCCACUUUGUUCUCUCCAUGUACGCGAGGAUCUUCAUCUUCCGCUUCAGGCGAAGUGCUUUUUGACGAUUACGGAAGGCCGCUAUGGAAACAAUCAGAAUCGAAUAAGAUUGUGAAGGCAGUUCCAAAGGAAGAAUCGUCGCAGGAUAAUGGCAGUGGAGUUCUUAAGUUCCGCGUCCUGCUUCUAUCAGAAGGAUCAGGGCAGAGUGAUAUGGAUGUGCUUUGCCAGAUUGGAUUGGAUGGGAUUCGUCUUCUUGAUCUUGCUGAUUAUCGGAGUUUGAGAAUUUACCCAAUUGAUACAGUGACGAAAUGGGAAGUUCUUGAUUCAUAUAUAUUUGUGUUUGGGGCUAAGACCUCCAUUGAUUCUGAUCUUAAACGUAUUCGUCUCAAAUCAAAUAGCUAUACCACAAACAACAUUCUUGAUGCAGUAACUGCAGCAUGUAUUCAGUUCAAGGAAAUUGGCAGUAGCUAUGUAUCCUCAGAUGCUUCAAGGAUUUCAGACCAACCAUCUGAAAGGAAGAAAGGGAUUGUUGAUUGGAUUAACACUAUUAAGCCAAAGAUGGAGGAGAAAUAUCAUUGGAUUCCUGAUGAAGCAGUUAACAAGUGCAACUCAUGUGGAGCUAAUUUUGGGCCUUUUUUCAGAAGGCAUCACUGUAGGAAUUGUGGGGAUAUUUUCUGUGACAAAUGUACACAGGGUAGGAUUAGUCUUACAACAGAUGAAGAUGCUCAGUCUGUUCGAGUUUGCGAUAGAUGCAUGGCAGAAGUUACUCAAAGGUUGGUUAAUUCAAAGGAGAAAAGUAUUGUAAGUGUUGCCCCAUUGCAAAGCCAUGAUGAUCUUGUCAAAAAACUCAAGGAAGAGAUGGAGAAGAAUAAAAGAACAACAUCAUCUUCUACAGGCUUAAAGUCCAAAGGAUCUGGAAAUGGAAAUCAGAUGAAGGAAGUUGCUUGUCCAACUUGCACUGUUCAUUUGCAGGUUCAAGUUCCAUCCUCUGGUUCAGAAACAGUAGAGUGCAGUGUUUGUCAACAUCCCUUCUCAGUGAAUUCUUAUUAUUGAUUCAUCUUUUUAAUGUCUCUCUUUUACUCUCUUUAUAUUUAAUUAACUAAAUGAUAUUGGUGACAAUCACACUUCAUUUUACAAGUGAUUUUUAUUUUUUUACAUUAUUUAAGGAAUUCCUUUUAUUCAAAAUUUACUUUUUAUUCACA